AUGAAUCGUUUUAGUGAUAUUGAUUGUUCAUUUAAAAAGUUAACCCCUGUUUAUGGUUUUCGUAGUGAAAAACUUGUUACAGUUGAAAAAGCAUUAGAACCAAUUCAAUCUCAAAUUGCUAAUUUACUAUAUUAUAUCCAAAUAGCAAAAAACCAUUGUCAUUAUCCAUCAGAACAUGGUUUAACACGUGAUGAAUCAGCAUCAAUCUAUAUUUAUACAAUGGAAUGGGGUGAACAAUCUUUAUAUCGUCUUUUAAAUCAAGCUUUAAGAAAUGAAAAUAGGCAGUUAUUAAAAGUAUGGUUUCCUUAUUUGAAAUUAUUUGAUACAGCAUUAAAUAAAUUACCAACUGUUAAAGAAGUCGUAUGGAGAGGUAUUACUGCAGAUAUUGGGAAAGAUUUUACUAAAAAUCAACUAAUAACAUGGUGGAGUAUUAGCUCAUGUUCAUUAUCAGUUAAUGUUAUCAAAGGAUUUCUUGGAAAUAAAAAAAACUCUACGAUGUUUUUAAUUGAAGCAUUAAAUGGGAAAAAAGUAUCUGCUUAUACAGAAUAUGAAAGUGAAGAUGAAAUUAUUUUAAGAUUGGGAACAGAAUUUCGUGUAAAAAGUAAUGCGUUAGACCAUCCAAAUGGAUCAUAUGUUGUUCAUUUAAUUGAAAUUGAUCAGGAAAAUAAUCAUACAUCAACAUUAGUAUCAUCAACCAAUCAAAUGCAAUUAACAACAAAUCAAAUCAGUUCAAAAUCAAAACUCAACAAAUGGAAACAAGAUGCCAUCACUGUGGCUGGUGCAAAUGGAGAAGGACGACGAUUAGAUCAACUCAGUGGUCCUCUUGGAAUCUUUAUUGAUAAAAACAAAAAUAUUUUUAUUGCUGAUUUUAAUAAUCAUCGUAUUGUUAAAUGGGAAUAUAAUGCAUAUGAAGGACAAAUCGUUGCAGGUGGAAAAGGGGAAGGAGAUCGAAUGAAUCAGUUGAGAUGCCCAGCAGAUGUGGUUGUAGAUCAAAAAAAUCAUUCCAUCAUCAUUGCUGAUUAUGGGAACAAACGUGUGAUUCAAUGGAUGAAUCAAAAUCAACAAAUUCUCAUUGACAAUAUUGACUGUUAUGGUUUAGCAAUAGAUAAGCAUGGAUUUCUUUAUGUUUCUGAUUGUGAGAAGAAUGAAGUGAGACGAUGGAAAAUGGGUGAAUAUCACAACGAAGGAAUUAUAGUGGCAGGUGCAAAUGGAUAUGGAAAUCAACUUGAUUAUCCUACUUUUAUCUUUGUUGAUGAAGAACAAUCUGUUUAUGUAACAGAUUGGUUCAAUCAUCGUGUAAUGAAAUGGAGAAAAGGUGCAAAAGAAGGCAUAGUUGUGGCUGGAGGAAAUGGUGAAGGAAGAAAACUUAAUCAAUUGUCUUCACCUAAAGAAGUAAUUGUUGAUGACCUAGGUCAAAUAUAUGUGGCAGAUGGUGGAAAUGAUCGAGUAAUGCGUUGGUGUGAAGGAAAAGAAGAAGGUGAAAUUGUUGUUGGUGAAAAUAGAAGGAAAAACGAAGAAAAGCAAAUUGGUUGGCUUAAUGCUUGUGUAGCAGUUGAACGAGCAGUACUUAUUUUUAAAGGAGUACAAUUUGAUAAAACAAAGAGCAAAUAUAUUGCUCGACGAAUAAUUCUUAUUUUACCGUUUUGCAUUUUGGGUACACUUAUUCACGAGCUCACAUUUCGCAGAUUGUUCGAAUAUGAAACAGCACCAGAUACUAAUGUGGCAAUGGUAAACAAUAAAACACAAUGUUUUACAUGUAAUCAAGAUAAAAUAACAUAUCUUUGUGAAGGAUGUUUAAAAAACUUUUGUUUAAUGGAUUUAACAAAACAUCGUCAAAUAUUAAAUGAAGAACUACAUCAUAUUAUUAAUGAUUAUGAUCAAUUUAAACAAAUAUUUAAUGAACAAAAACCAAAUUCAGAUGAUCUUGCUUUAAUAAAUCAAAUUAAUGAAUGGGAAAUAAAUUCAAUUAAAAAAAUUCAACUAAAAGCAAGAGAUUGUAGAGAAAUUGUCAUUAAAUCAUCACAAAUAUUUUUAAAUGAUAUUGAAAAGAAAUUUAAUGAUUUAUCUGAACAAAUAAAACAAAUUCGUCAAGAAAAUGAAUUUAAUGAGAUUAAUUUAAAUCAUUUUAGAAAUCAAUUAAAAAAAAUGAUAUUAGAAAUAAAUAAUCCACCAAAGACUUCUAUUCAAUACGAUUCACAACCAUUUAUUAAUGAUAUUUCAAUUAUUUCUACAAAAGAACCAAAAUUCAACAAAUGGAAACAAAAUGCUAUUACUGUAGCUGGUGGAAAUGAAUUUGGACAAAAAUUAAAUCAAUUCAAAUGCCCAUAUGGAAUCUUUAUUGACGAAUACAAAAAUAUUUUCAUUGCUGAUUAUAAUAAUCAUCGUAUUGUUGAAUGGAAAUGUAAUGAAAAGGAAGGACAAAUCAUUGCCGGUGGAAAUAAACAAGGAAGUCGAAUGAAUCAAUUGAAUUAUCCAACUAAUGUGAUUGUUGAUCAACAAAAUCAUUCGAUCAUCAUUGCUGAUCAAGGAAACAGACGAGUGAUUCAAUGGUUGAACCAAAACCAACAAAUUCUUAUUAACAAUAUCGACUGUUUCGGCUUAGCAAUGGAUAAACAUGGAUUUCUUUAUAUUUCUGAUUAUAAAAAGAAUGAAGUGAGACGAUGGAAAAUGGGUGAAUACAACAAUGACGGAAUUGUAGUGGCAGGUGGAUAUGGACAAGGAAAUAAACUAAAUCAACUCAAUUCUCCAGGUUGUAUCUUUGUUGAUGAAGAGCAAACGGUUUAUGUAUCAGAUCAAAAUAAUGAUCGUGUAAUGAAAUGGGGAAAAGAUGCAAAAGAAGGAACAAUUGCGGCUGGUGGAAAUGGUAAAGGAGGAAAUCUCAAUCAAUUGUCUUACCCUCGAGGAGUAAUUGUUGAUGAUUUGGGUCAAAUUUAUGUGGCAGAUAUGUGGAAUCAUCGCGUAAUUCGUUGGUGUGAAGGAAAAGAAGAAGGUGAAAUUGUUGUUGGUGGAAAUGGAAAAGGAUUUAUGGCAAAUCAAUUGAACAAUCCAUUUGGUUUAUCUUUUGAUAACGAGGGCAAUCUUCAUGUUGUUGAUUGCGGAAACGCUCGAAUUCAAAAAUUCGAAAUAAUUUUGUAA